GAACCGCGCAAGUAAACAGUGACGUCAUUGUGGCCUAAUAUCUUCCAAUAUGGCUACUUUUCGCCGCCCAGCUCUCAGCGCCACCUGUAUCCUCCUUUUCUUGGCGAUCCCAGUCAAACCAGAUGACCUGAAUACCGACUGUCCCCUCUGCCCCCCGGACUCGACACUCGAUAUGCCGGGCGCGGAAGGUCAGUGCGUCUGUGACCCGACGAAAUGCUCUCCUCCGCCAUCCUGCGAGUUGCCCGCCGUCCUCUCGACCAAGCCGGUCUCUGGCGUCCCAGGGGACUGUUGUGACAUUGCAGAGUGUGUCGUGCCUUCAGAACGGAACUGCACUGAGGACUCCUGCCCUGUAGAAAAGGACUGCCCGGACGACAGCUACCGCCACAGUGACGGCUGUCAAUGUCUGCCCACCCCUUGCCCUGGCAAGGCCUGUCCUCAGGGCACCUGGGCCAAGAUCAUGAGCCCUGGCACGGGCAAGCCCGGCACCUGCUGCCCUGUCUACGAGUGCAUCUCGGCCGAUUCGAAUAACACGUGCACCGACAACGGUAUUCUAAUGCAGAACGGCUCCUCGUGGUUCCGCGAGGACUGCUCCAGAUGUCGCUGUGACAGCGGCGUUAUCUUCUGCGACUCCGUGGAUGGACUAAUGAGCGACUCCUCCGCCUGCCCUGCACUGCCUCCGGACUGCUCCCUCAGCAGGAUACCCCCUGGCCAGUGUUGUCCCGUCUGCGUCAAAAGCAAGUCGGCAGACCUUGACACGCCGCCUCCUCCUGGCAGCUGUGUCACGGGGCUCUACGGGAAAGUGGUUGCCAACGGUGACCGUUGGAAGGAGGACGACUGCACUACAUGUGUGUGCAAAGAGGGUCAGCGGCAAUGUCAAGCGUACAUGUGUGAGGCGUGCGCCAACCCACAGUACGAGCCGGGCGAGUGCUGCCCUAGGUGCAACGGUUCAACGGUAGUAACUGUACCGUCUCACUGCCCCACCCUCGACGACUGUUCCCUGCGUUGUGUCCACGGGUUUGUCAGGGAUGUACACGGCUGCUUCACCUGCCAUUGCCAACAAGACGAGUGUCUCCUGGAGUGUCAACACGGAUACGCGCAGGACUCUCACGGCAACAAGCUGUGCAAAUGUGACUCCCCUCGGUGUCCUGCGCUCACCAACUGCAGGAAGAACUGUCCGCACGGCUAUCGCACCAACAAGCUGGGCUGCGAGGUCUGCCGCUGCGAGUCCUGCAAACCUUUGGAUCAAUGCACCAAGCGAUGCGCCCACGGUCUGGUGCUAAAUGCACAUAACUGCGUCAUCUGCAAGUGCAUACCCCAUGAAGGACGUUUGAAGGGCGCCUCCAACACGACCGACACUGCAGUUGGUACACCUUGCAUAUCAGACAGUAAAGUGUGGCGAGACGACGGAGAGACUUGGUUCGACGGUUGUCGACAGUGUUACUGUCUCGCUGGUCGUGAGAUGUGCUCUCUGCUCAGCUGCCCUCCUGUCACUUGCGCCUCUCCUGUUUUCAACUCUUCCAAGGACUGUUGUCCUUCCUGUCCAGGUACUCUUCAUAAAGGCACUGACAUGGUGGCUGCCUCCCACAUGGUGUGUCAGGGCGAGGAGCCUGGCAAGGUCUACGUAGAGGGUGAGAUCUGGAGGCUUUCUUCCUGUGUCGAGUGCUUGUGUCAGAGUGGCCGUGCCCUGUGUCACGCUGCAUCCUGCCCCCCAACCCCCUGCAAGCGGCCUGUGCCACCCCCGCCAGGGGAGUGCUGCCCUGUCUGCCACCAUCAACAGCUGACCAACGUCUCGUUGUCGGCCGUUUGCGAGAGGCGGCACGGAGAGACCAUGUGGCGGGAGGGCAACUGUGUGAGCUGCCUGUGCGACGACGGUAAGCCAUCCUGCUUCACGGAGCUCUGCGAAGAGCAAGUCACCUGCACCAACGCCCUGCAGGUCAAGAACCAGUGUUGCCCCGUGUGCCUCGACGAGCCUGAAGCGUUUGGAGAGGAAGCAGUGUACUGUCGACAACAUGACGUACUCUGUAGGUGACGACUGGCGGGAAGACGAGUGUACCACGUGCAUGUGUAUUGCUGGGGGUGAGAUCUCCUGCACCAAACUCGUGUGCUCCAUCAACUGCCCCAAUCCCAUCCGGAAACCCGGCAUUUGUUGUCACGUCUGCCCAG